CCGGGUGUGGGUGUGUGUUUGGAGGCUGACAGGUCUCUCGCUGCCGUCUCCCGGUGAGUUGCAGCCAAUGCACUAAACACAUUUAGUAAACACCCAGAUAUGAGGACCAUGCACACAGCCGGAUGAACCCUGUUCGUGCAGCCUGGCUCCAGUCUUGACGUGGGCGAGGAAGACCGCAGCCGGCCGGGAAAACCGACCUCACCACCCCGGCUUCCGGGGAUUGAAGGGCCGCAGCGGUGAGACGGCAGACGUCGGUCGGUAGCUCCGGGGAGUCAGUGGACGAAACACCACUAUAUCCAUCUCCUUCAUCCACACACCUCCACCCUCCAGCUCAGCGAUGUCCAGAAAGCUGCAGAGGACCGAAGUCUGCGCCGACUGCAGUGCGCCAGACCCGGGCUGGACCAGCAUCAACCGAGGGGUCCUGAUCUGUGAUGAAUGCUGCUCAGUCCACCGCAGCUUAGGCCGCCAUAUCUCCAUAGUCAAGCACCUGAGGCACAGCGGAUGGCCUCCCGCACUACUGCAGAUGGUCCAGACCCUGGCCAGUAAUGGGGCCAACUCCAUAUGGGAACACAGUCUCCUGGACCCUGCUCAGGUACAGAGCGGUCGGAGGAAACCCAACCCCCAGGACAAAGUCCAUCCCACUAAGUCAGAGUUCAUCAGAGCCAAAUACCAGAUGCUGGCCUUCGUGCACAAGCUGCCCUGCCGUGAUGACGAUGGCGUCACUACCAAGGACCUUAGUAAGCAACUACAUUCAAGUGUGCGGACGGGAAGUUUAGAGACGUGUCUUCGGCUGCUGUCCCUCGGCGCUCAGGCCAACUUUUUCCACCCGGAGAAAGGCACCACCCCGCUCCAUGUGGCGGCCAAGGCGGGUCAGAUCCUGCAGGCCGAGCUGCUGGUGGUGUACGGCGCCGACCCCGGAGCACCUGACAUCAACGGACGCACACCUAUGGACUACGCAAGGCAGGCUGGCCAUAUAGAGCUGGCAGAGCGGCUGGUAGAGUGUCAGUACGAACUGACGGACAGACUAGCUUUCUACCUUUGUGGACGGCGUCCAGAUCACAAGAAUGGCCAUUAUAUCAUUCCUCAAAUGGCCGACAGUCUUGACCUCUCAGAAUUGGCCAAGGCCGCCAAGAAGAAGCUCCAAGCGCUCAACAACCGGCUGUUUGAGGAGCUAGCGAUGGAUGUCUACGACGAGGUAGAUCGCAGAGAAAACGAUGCAGUGUGGCUUACGACCCAGAACCACAGCACUCUGGUAACAGAGCGCAGCGCGGUGCCCUUCCUACCAGUCAAUCCUGAAUACUCUGCCACGCGCAACCAGGGCCGUCAGAAGCUGGCUCGUUUCAACGCUCGGGAGUUUGCCACACUCAUCAUCGACAUCCUGAGUGACGCCAAAAGGAGACAGCAGGGGAAAGGUCUCAGCAGUCCUACUGACACAUUAGAUCUGGGCAUCGAUGAUGACCAGCACGAUUACGACAGCGUAGCAUCUGAUGAAGACACAGACAGCGAGCUGACCGCCCAGAACAACAACAACACGCAACGCAGCAACCGAGCAAAGAGUAUGGACUCAUCAGACUUGUCAGACGGCCCCAUCACCCUGCAGGAGUACCUGGAGGUGAAAAAGGCUCUGGCCUCCUCAGAAGCCAAGGUGCAGCAGCUGAUGAAGGUCAACAACAACCUGAGCGAGGAGCUCCGGCGGCUCCAGAAGGAGAUCACGCGGAUGCAGACAGAGAACAGUGCGAUGCGGGGGGGCCAUCAGGCUGGGGGGUCAGCUGGCCAUGGGGUAGGGGGACCUGGAGGAGGAGGAGGAGGAGGAGGAGGAGGGGGUGGAGGAGGACACUGGCAAGGGGGCGGGAUGAGAGGAGGAACAGGCGGAGGGGGCAUGGGUGGGUUUGGGACCGGAGCGGACCCCCAUGGGAUGUCGGUGCCCUCCUCCAUCGCCCCCAACUCCCAUCCCCACCGAAGGGACCGCCAGGCCUUCUCAAUGUACGAGCCAGGUGCGGCCCCCGGCCCCACGGCCCACGGCCCCCCAGUCCUGGACUCCCUGGCAGCCCGCCUGCAGCCCCUCAACACACACAGCGUACGGAAGGGUGGUACAGCGUCGUAUGGAGGCCAGCAUCUGUCUGGAUCUACAGAGAUGGGCCGAUACAUGGUGACGAGAUCCGAGAAGCACGGCAGUGGCACUGACAGCGACUAUGACAACACACACACAUACGACCUCUCGUUAAGUAUGGGACGCAGCAGCGAGGAGGAAGGUCGUGGGGAUUCUGAGGAGGGAGGAGGCGGGGAGGCGGGGGAGCCUGACCCCACCUUGCCCUGCACGGAGGACGUCAUACUGAAGACUGAGCAGGUGACCAAGAACAUCCAGGAGCUGCUCAGGGCUGCUCAGGAGUUCAAACACGACAGCUUUGUUCCAUGCUCUGAGAAGAUCCACUCUGCUGUCACUGAGAUGGCCUCACUCUUCCCCAAACGCCCGGCGUUGGAUGCGGUCCACUGCUCCCUCCGCCUGUUGGCUUCCAGUGCCUCGCGGUUGCAGGUGGAGUGCCGCAAGGCGGCGCCCUCGGAGCCCGGGGGCCCUCCGGUGGACUACCAACUCCUCACUCAGCAGGUCAUCCAGUGCGCCUACGACAUCGCCAAGGCCGCCAAGCAACUGGUCACCAUCACUACCCGAGAGAAGAAACAGUGACCCAACAAAUGCAUGGAAGGAGAGGGAGGAGGGAGAGAGAGAACGGAUUAAAGCAUGGGUGGGCCGAGAGGGAUGGGAGGGGCUUCUACAGGAGGAGAGGGAGACAGAAGAAAAACCGGAUCAUACUAUAGAUUAUGGAAAGAGGGAGGGGGAGUGAUUGGGAGAAUGAUGGGCGCAAUGAGGAAAGAAGAAGUUUGGAAUAUGCAUGGAAAAGGAAUCGGAUGGAAGUAAAGAUAAUAGAUUGUUUAGUAGAAACACUACAGAGGACCGGAAAAAGUAGAAAUUCCACAAGUGUGGAAGAGAAAGUAGGGAAAGGACAAGAAGAAGGGGUCCAACAUGGAAACUACAGCCUGCUGCAACCUAAAUAAACCUGUUGGAACCAGAUGUGUAUAAUAAGCCGCUCAAACUGUGAUAAGCAUACGUGGAACAGGAUGAUGGCGAUGUACAGUGAACUGGAUCCGGAGAUGUUACCGCUUUAUUUAUUCUUACCUGUCGCUCGUCGUCUCCUCUCUCUCUCUCUCUCUCUCUCUCUCUCUCUCUCUCUCUCUCUCUCUC